GUGAAGGUGAACAGUGUGGAGUAUCAGCCGGCAGUCGCCAGCUCCAACAAGAAGUCGGCCAAGGCUCAGUGUGCGGCCGUGUGUCUGCAGGAGAUGGGCCUGCUGCCCAGAGACGUGCCGCUACUGUUCUAACGUGAAGGCUGGCCAGAGACGUGCCGCUACAGUUCUAACGUGAAGGCUGGCCAGAGACGUGCCGCUACAGUUCUAACGUGAAGGCUGGCCAGAGACGUGCCGCUACUGUUCUAACGUGAAGGCUGGCCAGAGACGUGCCGCUACUGUUCUACCACUACAGUUCUAACGUGAAGGCUGGCCAGAGACGUGCCGCUACAGUUCUACCACUACAGUUCUAACGUGAAGGCUGGCCAGAGACGUGCCGCUACAGUUCUACCACUACUGUUCUAACGUGAAGGCUGGCCAGAGACGCGCCGCUACAGUUUUAACGUGAAGGCUGGCCAGAGACGUGCCGCUACAGUUCUACCACUACACUUCUAACGUGAAGGCUGGCCAGAGACGUGCCGCUACUGUUCUAACGUGAAGGCUGGCCAGAGACGCGCCGCUACAGUGUUAACGUGAAGGCUGUCCAGAGACGUGCCGCUACAGUUCUAACGUGGAGGCUGGCCAGAGACGUGCCGCUACAGUUCUACCACUACAGUUCUAACGUGAAGGCUGGCCAGAGACGUGCCGCUACAGCUCUACCACUACAGUUCUGACGUGAAAGCUCGCACGCCUGUGUUUGUUUUGUUUGCUUUAGGGAUUUUUGGCGAUGAUAGACAACAGAAGGAGAGGAGAUUUUUCAUGGGGGGGGAGGGGGGUUGUCUUUUGCCGACCCCAUUGGAUUGGGAGGUUUCAAGAACUGGAAGACAUUCCGAGAAUAAAAUGGAGCAUACCCGGUAAUGAUUUCAUUUAGGACGCGAUUGAAUUAGUACAGUGGAGCUCGGAUUCAACAAAGUCGUCAAGACUGACCUUCAAUUUAGUUGAAUUCGAGCAUUUGUUUUAUAAAAUAACAAACAUGAGGUUUUUUAAAGAGAUAGUUACAGGCAUCAACAAGUUAUGUUGCUAUUGACUUUCUCAGUUGAAAUGAAAUAAAAACUGGGGAAAAGCCAACUUUUUGGCUUGUGA